CAAGAUCCGGGAGGUGGCGAACGGCCUGUGCCUGGAAGUGGAGGGGAAGAUGGUCACCAGGACAGAGGGUCAAAUUGAUGACUCUCUAAUUGGUGGCAAUGCCUCUGCUGAAGGUCCUGAGGGAGAUGGAACAGAAGCCACGGUCAUAACUGGUGUUGAUAUAGUAAUAAACCACCACCUUCAGGAAACCAGCUUUACAAAAGAGUCCUACAAGAAGUACAUCAAGGACUACAUGAAAGCAAUCAAAGCCAGACUGGAGGAACACAAGCCAGAGAGAGUAAAGCGUUUCAUGACAGGGGCUGCAGAACAAAUCAAACACAUCCUUGCUAACUUCAAAAACUACCAGUUCUUUGUAGGAGAGAACAUGAAUCCAGAUGGUAUGGUGGCUCUCCUGGAUUUCCGUGAGGAUGGUGUGACCCCAUAUAUGAUUUUUUUUAAGGACGGCUUAGAAAUCGAGAAAUGUUAACAAAUCAAACAGUAUGGUUUUGGAUCACCUGUCUUCAUAGCUGGCUGCUGUUUCUUCUUCAUCGGCACACCACCAGGAAUCGGCAAUGUCUAACAACUGGACAGAUGUCAUCUUGAGCUUUAUUCACUUAUUUUGACCCUGAUUUGGAGUGGAGGCAUUGUUUUAAAAA